GAACUCAACGUGUCAUCAUUGAUCGGUGUUUCACUUCGACAUUGUAUACCCGUGUGCUAGAUGGUGAAGGGAUGGGUGUGGUCUGAGGAUACUAGGAUCAACUACUAAUAUCAACUACUAAUAUCAACUACUAAUAUCAACUACUCCGGUCAAACUGUUUCUCCUCCUCGUCACAAGGCGAUGCGGAGUUUCACCAUCGGCCAACCAUCGGCCAACUGUCGACCACCUUCCUCAUUCAGCAUGGCAUGCCUCCAGGACUCAUCUUCAUGUCGUGCUGGCUGGACUGAACUUCACUCAUUAUAGCGACUGUCGACGCCGGUCAAGGGCAGCCGCAAGUACAGAGAAAAGCCUAAACACCUUGUCAGAGAAUACUUCUUCAAUUUACCACUAUGCCGGCCGAACUGAACGUUGCCGCCGUUAGGGCUCAGUUUCCCGCACUGGCACAGAAGCAAGUCUUCAUGGACAACGCUGGAGGCGCACAGGUUCUUAAAACAGUCAUAGAUGCCAUAUCUAGCUACCUUUCCUCCACCAACGUUCAACUUGGCGCUUCGUAUCCCAUAUCCCAGGAAUCAACAAACAAGUUCAAUGAAGGUCACAUUGCGGGGGCAAAGUACAUCAACGCCUCACCCAAGGAAGUUGUCUUUGGUCCCUCGACGACACAACUAUUCCGAAAUCUCUCAAUUGCAUUGAAGAUCGAGUCUGGUUCGGAAAUUAUCCUCUCGAACCUUGACCAUGAGGCCAAUUUGGCGCCAUGGGUCCAACUUGCUGAAUGGAAAGGACUGACCGUCAAAUGGUGGAUUCCGACCAAGAACGCCAAUUCGAACCCUAAGCUGGAGUCUGAAGAUUUAAAGGCGUUGUUGACACCCAAAACGCGCCUGGUUUGCUGCACACAUACCUCGAACAUCUUGGGCACAAUCACGGACGUUGCAGCGCUAUCGAAGGUCAUACAUGAGACAAAUCCAAAUACUCUGUUCUGCGUCGAUGCAGUCGCGUACGCUCCCCAUGCGGCCAUCGAUGUUAAGGCGUUUGGCGUGGACUUCUACUCGUUUUCAUGGUAUAAAGUUUACGGGCCGCAUAUCUCAAUGCUGUAUGUCAGCGAGAAAGCACAGAAAGAAUUGCAGAGUCUAGGGCACUACUUCAAACCUGGAGAUACGUUGGAGGAAAUGCUCGGCCUUGCUGCAGCGAAUUAUGAGUGUACCCAGGCUGUUCCAAGAGUUGUCGAGUACAUUAAUAAGAUCGGCUGGGACGCAAUAACCCAACAGGAGCAGGAGAUCCAGGAGAUAUUACUCUCCUACCUAAGGUCGAAGCCGGAUCAGAUCAAGAUCUACGGAGAGCCUUCGUCGGAUAGAAAGCUCCGCGUGCCGGUUAUCAGCUUCAAGGUGAAAGGGCAGAGUUCUCUAGGGAUUAUCGACGCGAUUGAGGCCAGGUCCAACUUUGGCUGCCGGAAUGGGCAUUUUUAUAGCAAGAGGCUUUGUGAGAGGGUCCUUGGUAUCCCGGAUGGAGAUGACGGUGUGGUGAGGUGUUCGUUGUUGCAUUAUAACACCGCUGAAGAAGCAAAGGGCUUCGUCAAAGUGUUGGAUGAAGUUAUUGCCGAAGGGGCUGGAAAGGAUGUUGAUGAUCCGGGAAGGAAAACCGUUGCCGACUGGUAGUGCGAGUCAGCUGCUGGGAGGAUCUUUCGAAUUUGAGCCUUGCUACUAUUUCCCUUCUGAGACGUCUCGAGGCGUUGACGAACACUGCCACAUUCAGUUGUUUGAUCGAUGAACAACGUGAUAGGCAUGUCUCAAGUGCAACAAAGAGCGUCACGAAGAGUUUCGGCCUUUCGUUGUUCUCUUGGUGCAGAUUGCGACAUAUAGUUGCUGAUAGAGAUGAGAGCCAACUUGAUGAUGAUACUGGCGACCAUUUGAGCAGCAUAACCCUCC